CUCCCUUUCUCUCUCCACCAAACCUUCACUUUCUCUCCCCUCUUCCUUCAAUGGCGUCGUCUCCUCUACUCACUUUCUCUCUCCUCUUAAUCCUUUCUCUCUCCUCAGCCAUCGCAACCUCCUCCUCCUCCGAUGAUGACAUCAUAAUCCGGCAAGUCGUCGCCGGAGAAUCCUCCACCGCCGCCGUUGGAGACAACAACGACGAUCUUCUCUUGAACGCCGAUCAUCAUUUCUCUCUCUUCAAAUCGAAGUUUAACAAGAGGUAUUCAUCUCAGGAAGAACAUGAUCGUCGAUUCUCGAUUUUUAGGGCGAAUCUUCGUCGUGCGAAACGUCAUCAGGCGAUUGAUCCUACUGCUGUUCAUGGUGUUACAAAGUUUUCCGAUCUUACUCCGAAGGAGUUUAGAGAGAAGUACCUUGGAUUGAAAGGUGGUAGGAGGAAGUUGAGACUUCCUUCUGAUGCGAAUAAGGCUCCCGUUUUACCUACUGAUGGUCUUCCUGAGGAUUUUGAUUGGCGUGAACAUGGUGCUGUUACUGAGGUCAAAGAUCAGGGUCAAUGUGGAUCAUGCUGGUCUUUCAGUGCCACAGGAGCAUUAGAAGGUGCUAAUUAUCUUGCAACUGGUAAACUCGUUAGUCUGAGUGAGCAACAAUUGGUAGAUUGUGACCAUGAGUGUGAUCCUGAAGAACGUAACUCAUGCGACGCUGGCUGCAAUGGUGGUUUGAUGAAUAAUGCAUUUGAGUACGUACUGAAGUCUGGUGGUAUUCAGCGUGGGGAAGACUAUCCUUACACUGGUACUGACCGUGGCACCUGCAAAUUUGACAAAAGUAAGGUUGCUGCAACAGUGGCUAACUUUAGUGUGGUCGCCCUUAAUGAAGACCAAAUAGCUGCCAAUUUGGUGAAGAAUGGUCCUCUUGCAGUGGGAAUUCAUGCAGGUGCCAUGCAAACAUAUAUUGGUGGAGUUUCUUGCCCAUUGAUUUGCUUGAGGAGUUUGGACCAUGGAGUGCUAUUGGUUGGAUACGGGUCUGCCGGGUAUGCUCCUAUUAGGUUCAAGGAAAAGCCAUACUGGAUCAUUAAGAAUUCAUGGGGCCCUAACUGGGGAGAUCAUGGCUACUACAAAAUCUGCCGAGGCCACAAUGUCUGUGGUGUGGACUCCAUGGUCUCGACUGUAGCUGCUGUGAACAUUCAAUCUACCCAGUAAAGUUGAAAUGACUGUGUUGGCAUUGUCCGUAUUAUUAGUGGACAUCCAUUGUAAAUACACGUUUGCUGCUGUUCCAAUUGCGGUGAAUUUGUUUAAAGCUCUACAUUAUAUCUAUCUUAAACUUUAGUCCUCGAGGAGCAUUGAGUGACUUAUAUUAGGAUGCAAAACUGAAAACAAUGUAACUAAGUACGCUUUUGGUUUUAUGUUGCUUUAUCCUAGCGUUGUCGUGUUUAACAGAUAAAAUUGCUGUGUAUGACUGGUGUAUGAAUUUUUGA